UCUUUACAUUUCCGGUUCCGGUCUCCCAGUUUCUCUUUGACAAGCUACUUUAUUUAUAGAGUUUGGCAGGUCAAACUAUUCUGUGCGUAGAAAACAAAGAUCGGUGUGUUGCGAUAGAAACGUGAAGUGUAACAGUUAUAUUGGAUUAAAGUGCAAUCGAAAGGGAAAUUAUUUCGGUAUAAUUUGAAAGUGAAAUUUUUCGCUUUUAUUAUCUGGCAUUCGCGUCAUGGUUGCUAUGAAAAUGUCAGCUCAGUGGUGAUUCAUUCGUUCAUUAGCUGAUUUUUCAUCUGUUUUUUAACUAACGCGUUCUGCUCAACGAGCAGGAUGAUGGAGGAACCUUUGAGUCAAGCUGCUUCGCCGUCUGGUGACAGUAAUUUUUCUGGAAGUGUGGAAAUAAAUUCAGCCACUAUAAUGAAUUUAGAUGAAAGAAUAUUGGAUUUAAAUGCACGCCAUGCUUUAAAUGCUUUACGAACACCGACAACUAAAAAAGCAAAGCGAGUGAGAUUUUUUAGAAAUGGAGAUAAAUUUUAUACCGGUAUUGUGAUGGCUGUGACUCCUGAGAGAUAUCGCAGUUUUGACAGUUUAACUUCAGAUUUAACAAGAGCUUUAAUAUCUAGCGUUACUUUACCUAAUGGUGUUAGAGCAAUAUAUACUAUGGAUGGAAGAAAGAUUCAAACUAUCAAUGAUUUAGAAGAUGGUAAAUGUUAUGUGGUUUCUGGACAAGGUGAAAGUUUUAAAAAAGUGGAAUAUUCGUCUACAAAAGUAAGAAGAGGCAGUUCUUUAUCUGGUUUACCACAAUCCCCAGCGGGUACUAGUAGACAAAUAAGUGCAAUACCAUUAUGUGUAAAAGCAAGAAUAAUUACUUUAAUUCGUCAUGGUACAAAACCACGUAAAGUUGUACGUCUUUUACUGAAUAAGAGAAAUGCUCCUAGUUUAGAACAUGCUAUGGAAGCAAUUACAGAAGCAGUUAAAUUAGAUUCCGGAGCAGUAAGAAAAGUUUAUACUCUCUCAGGUCAGCAAAUUAUUGCUUUGGAACAGUUUUUUGAAAGUGAUGAUAUAUUCCUGGCUUAUGGUUCCGAAAAAUCAAAUCAAGAAGAUUUUGAAUUAGAUUUUGAAGAAUCUAAAAUUGUUCAAAGCUUCCGAAGAUGUCCAUGGACAUCGAAACGACAAAGUGGUCCUUUACCUAGAAUGCCAUGUAAAUCUGGAAAAAAGGUGCUUAGUACACCGCAAGUGCGCACGCCAAGUCCAUCCUCAUUAGUAUUGCCACAACCACUACGUUUGCACUAUGCAGUUGGUCAUGAAAUUGGAGAUGGUAGUUUUGCAGUUGUUAGGCAUUGCAUUCAUAAAUCUACAGGUGCAGAAUAUGCAAUGAAAAUUGUGGAUAAAUACAAAUGUCAAGGUAAAGAGACAAUGUUAGCAAGUGAAGUGGCAAUUUUACGCCAAGUUUGUCAUCCAAAUAUUAUUAGCUUGAUCGCUGAACAAGAUACUCCUGACCAAUUGUUUUUAGUCAUGGAGCUUGUAAAGGGUGGAGAUUUAUUCGAUGCAAUUGCUGCUGCAACAAAUUUUUCAGAGGCAGAAGCUAGUGUAAUGAUUAGACACUUAGCAUCUGCACUAGCUUAUUUGCAUUGCCAUCAUAUAGUACAUCGUGAUGUUAAACCAGAGAAUCUUUUAGUGGAGAUGGAUGGAAGCCAUGUGAGAUGUUUAAAACUGGGUGAUUUUGGACUUGCCCAAGUCGUAAGAGAACCCUUGUACACAGUUUGUGGUACACCAACAUAUGUAGCACCAGAAAUUCUUGCAGAAACUGGAUAUGGGUUAAAGAUCGAUGUAUGGGCGACUGGUGUAAUAUUAUAUAUUCUACUUUGUGGUUUUCCACCAUUUGUUUCACCUGAAAACGAGCAAGAAGAAUUAUUUGAACGUAUUUUAAGCGGUCAGUAUAUAUUCACAUCUCCGCAUUGGGAUAACAUAUCAGAUUCUGCCAAGCAGCUGAUUUCAAAUAUGCUGCAAACACACCCUGAUUUAAGGUUCAGUGCAGAAGAUGUACUUGACCAUCCAUGGCUAGCGAGCUUUCUAGGAGGCGAGCAGACCACAGCAUCAACAUUUACCGACCCGUCGGAGCAACACUGGGAUCAGCAGUGUAAGCCGAUAAGAUUAGCAACUUUCGAGUUCGACUACAAAAAUCAAACGCGAUGUGACAGUUCACCAGAUGAAAUUGAUGGUACAUCUAACAACAGGACGAAUAUCAGAGGCAAGUGGUGGAGCGAAGUUUUGUCAUCGGCAGAAUCAGAAAAUGUUGAUUUACUUCGUAAUAUAAAUCAAGAUCAAGGAAAUUUAGAUCACGAUGAAACUGUUCUUAAUAAUGGAAAUCCUAGCGACGAUGAACCGGUGUCUCUUAGUGCAGAUUGUUUACAAGAUAUUCAUAAUCUUAGUCAGUCUAUGCACAAUCUUAUAAACAAUUUAAACGAAAAGCAAGUAAACGAGUAUCGUUCAAAUUCGUCGAGUUGUGAGACUUCGUCUCUGAAUAGUACUUCUAAUAAUCCAAUAAUGUUAAAUAGUUAUCAAAAUGCUGCUUCCAUUGAAAUUGAUACAAAUUGUGAUAGGAAUCCAGUUGAAGAAAAUAUGUUUGCUUUCAAUAAAAGAAAUUCUUCUAGCGAGAUUGAUUCUAUUAUGCCUGAUACGCCAGACAGGUCGACCAACAGUAAUGCGUAUGCUUGCGAAACACCUAAAACUACUAAUUCACAACGUAUGAAUCAACAAAGAUAUAGGCGGUUACAUAUUUAUGAAAAUUUAAUAUUUUCCGACAAGAUUGCUUCGAAACUAGGCAGUGACGAUAUGAAGAAUUGUAAUAUGCUUUUGUCGUCGACAGAUAGUUUAACCGGUAGUUCCAGUAAUGACAUUCAAACAUCCGAUAGUUUUGUAAACAUUCAAUUUGCACAAUUAACACAGACUCAAAGGUCGAGUUCAACUCAAAGUAUGGAGUCAACUGAGAGCUUUGAAAAUAUUCGUUUUCCCUAUAGUCAAGAAUUAAAGACUGAUAAUUUUAAGCAGCAAUAUCUCGCAAACAAUUCUCCGUUAACAAAUCAGGAAAAAUCGGCAACGAAAAUAUUGCAAACACCAACAACAUUAAAAGUGAACGCUUCAAAACCUUCGAAACCAAAUAAUUUCCUGAACAACAAGAAAAAUUUAUUAAAAACACCGGAUGAAUCUAAGUUUACGAAGAACGAGGUGGUAAAAUUUAGACGCGAAAAGUGUACAUCAAAGCACGAUGCAGAUUCAAGGAUAUCAAUGAAAAGUAAAAGGUUCAGUUAUUUUUCACCAUCUUCAGCGAAGAAGGUUCCUGACUCUGUAUUAGUUAACGACAAACUGAUUUCUGUUAAUACUAGAAAGUGUAGUUCCACUGAUGAAUUACGCGAGGAGAAACAAAAGCAAAGCGUUAAAUCGAAAAGAUUCAGUUUAUAUUAUACACCACAACCCUUGCGGAAGUAUUACGAGGGCGAUACGAAGGCUGGGAAAAAUACGUGCAAAAGUAUAUCAACGAAUCGUAGCGAUCGUCAUGCUAAUGGAAAAACAACAGAGGUAAACAGAAAGAAAGACGACGUUCCGGAACACGAUGAGAAAGAAAUCGUGAAAAGUCGGAGGUCGGUUAUAGAAUGUGCACCACAUGCUACGAAAAGUAAAUCUAGCAAGAGUGCUCAUGUCAGGUCCAGUAUUUUAAAUCCAACUGUAACGACCAGUAGAACAAAAUGAUCAUAAUUAGUUAUAUUUAUACAUUGAGAGGUAACUACCAACGUGGGACAAAUCCGUCGAAAGUGUCCAAAGUUGUACUAAUUAUUUUAUUGUAAGCGCAAAGUCGAUUUCACCAAGGAAGUCAUUUGUUUUUAGACUUUGAAUACAUUGAUGUAAAUUGAUCGUUCAGAUUAGAAUGUGGGCUUCGCACAUAAACAAGACAUGCCAAAUGCAUUUAAGUAGUUUAUCCUAUAUUUGAUAUAAAUUAUUGUACGUAGUACGAGCUGACUAAGAUAAACAAAAAAUUGCGCUUCGUUUAUUGACAAGGCGCAAAGCGAAUAGUGGAUACAUCAUUGUAGUCAAGAAGCUGUAUUAACGAUGCACAAAUCCUUGUAACAAGUGACAGAGGGUGACGGUGCGAACGAUUACGUGUAAUAUUUGCGUAGCUUGUUACAUAUACUUGCUCAAAAGUGAUUCGACUAAUAUUAGAGUCAAUAUUUUUGUAAAACAUUGUAUGUGGGUGUUAUAAGAGCAAUACAAGCAGAAUGGUGAUAAUUAGAUCAAGAAACCUUAGAAAAUAGUACGUUGAAUAUCGAGGCAAGGCAAGAAUUGAUUCAAUUCUUUCAACGUAAUAAAUAACGCUUCUCGUACGAGAUUAUAUUUGUAGAAAUUACAUACCGUACAUAAAUAUUUAACGGACGCCUUUCUCCCUUUGUCGCUUGAAUUUACUUCUGUGGUUACCCUAUUAUCGCUACAAUUUCCAUAAUUUUUAAUGCAAUUAUUACUAUUUACUAUUUACUAUAACGAUGUACAUAUAUAACGUGUAAGUGAUUCAUACAAAACUGUUUAAGUAUUAUCAUUGCUAUCCGUUUUUGUAAUUUGUAAUUCGCGCGCGAGAUUGUAAUUUAAUCGCGAAAUUUCGUACUGGUAUGGAUUCGUUCUUAAAGGAGACAAUGCAUGUGCAUUUUUAUGGUAAACGUAAUUACUUCGCAGGUGCGUAUUAUCGUAGUUUACGGCAUUAUUAUAGUAUAUAGAAAUUUAAAAGUGAUUUACGCCAAAUAUUGAGAUCCAUUGAUUAUUUAUGUUAUUAUGUGUAUAUGUAUUUACUACAUGAAAAAAUUCGGAAUCGUAUUUGUUGCUAGAUUAUUUAUUUUCUUUUUCGUUCAACUAAAUUUAAUGUUAAUCAUGUUAAUACAUAUGCGUAUACUUUCGAGUUGGCUGGUAAUUGUCUGUAUUCACUUGAUUUCUUUCAAACAAUCUAUUAAAAGACAAGUAUGAUAAUA